UAAGCUAAACGGUUGUUUCCUUAUCGCAAACAUAACAAUGGCGAACGAGGAGUGCGUUUAAUUCCAAGUACGGUUGGUGUGUCGCGUUCGCGUUAGAAUGUCUUCUACGACGGUGAUAGGCACAUUGAGUGUGUUCGAUCAUAGGUCACAGGACUGGGAUAUUUUCUACAGUCGAUUGGUUCAGUUCCUAAAACUGAAUAGUGGCAUUAAGGCCGAACAAAAAUGUGCUUUGUUGCUGACUCAUUUAGCUGACGACACUUACCGACUUGUAAGUAACUUGGUGCAUCCACGCGUGUUAGAAGAAACAACGUUUGAGCAGCUAAUUACGGUGUUUGAUGGCCACUUCAAACCGAAGCGUUGUGUUUUUGCCGAUAGGGCAAAAUUUUACGAGGCAAAACGGGCAGCGGGAGAAAGCGUCGAGGAGUGGGCGGCUAGGAUCAGAGGACUCGCGGUCCACUGUGUCUUCGGAUCGUCACUCGAGAAGCUCAUCACGGACAAGUUUGUGCUUGGGUUGAACGCAGGACCCGAAAAAGAUAGAUUGUUCGAGCAAGAUGCAACUACGCUGACAUUUACGAAAGCACUGGAAAUAGCGCAGCAGACAGCUUGUGCGCGACAGGUGCGCCAGCAACAGAUACAGGUGAAGGAGGAGCACGUGUACCGUGUGGACGCGACGACGCGGGCCGGCGCCUGCGCCAGCGGGCGUGCUGGCUGCGCAGCCGCCGCAACCGCUCAGCAUCGUUGUACAGUGUGCGGUUUAAAAAGCCAUAGUGCGGUUCAGUGCAAAUAUAAAAAAUACAAAUGUCGUUCGUGUGGUGUUGUAGGCCAUUUAUCGAAAGUGUGCAAAAAUAAAGCUCGGUUGCAUAAUAUCGCGACGGAAUCGGAAAGUUCUUCAGGCGGUAACGGACAACACGACUGUGUGGAAUGUGAACUUUACAAUUUAAGGUUGUCCAACUAAAAGGGGAGAGAUGGCGUGUAUCUGCGCAUACGCGUCGCGCCCCACCUUUACUUUAGUAAUAAACAGGUUGCUAAGCUAAA